AUGGCAUCAGACGCACAAAACAACCCCUUCAUAAGGAAUCUCGCCUCUAGCGACAAGAAGGUUCGCGAUGAAGCACUCAACUCACUCAAAACCUAUCUGGGCGCGCAAUCAGAGAUAUCGGAAUUGGACCUACUGAAACUAUGGAAGGGACUGUUCUAUUGCCUAUGGAUGCAAGACAAACCCGCCCUCCAGCAAGGCCUAUCGCGCGACCUUGCUUCUAUAGUCUCGAGCCUCCGAACGCCCGUCGUACUGCCCUUCAUCCGCGCUUUCUUCCUCACCAUGUCCCGCGAAUGGACCCAUAUUGAGGCGCUGCGAUUAGACAAGUACCUCUACCUUAUCCGCCAAUACCUCAAUGCAUCCUUCAAAUUUCUGAGCAAAAACAAGUGGAAGAAGAGUUUGCUAGAGCAAUGGAAUGCUGUCAUGGAGGAGAUACCCCUGGAAUGCCAGAAUAUGAGAAUUCCAAAUGGAUUGAGAUACCACGUCAUGGAUGUUUGGGUCGAUGAGAUGGAGAAGGUUGAGGGAGAGGCAUGGGAGAAAGAAGACAAGAAAGAGACAUUGGAGACGCUGGUGCUGCCUGUUGAGAAGAUGGCCAAGGACGGCAAACUGAAGCCGCUAAGAAACGCGGCGAAAGAGUGUUUAGCUGAUGAUAGGAUAAGAGCAUGGAGAGGGCAGGAACUGGAGGAGGCCAUGGAGGAUGCCGAAGAGGAGGAGGAUUCGGAGGCAGAGUGGGGAGGCUUCGCAGACUAA